UCAGUGCUACACAGGGAGUGCAGUGAUGGGGAAAUCGGGUUUGUUUACCGCACAGGGAGCAGGGUGUGGAUUUCAGUUGCGCCCCCAGGGAAACACAGGCUCCCUCCCUUCAAUACCGGGCUCGGGGCGGCUGGCAGGGAGCUGGUGAUCUCGGUGAGGCCGUGUGGACUGGCAGGAUGCCGGGGUUACUGAUGUUUGGCAGGCGCUGGGCUAUAGCUAGUGAUGACCUGGUGUUUCCUGGAGCCUUUGAGCUGUUUGUGAGACUGAUCUGGUGGAUUGGCAUACUGGUGCUAUAUUCACUCCAUAAAGGCCAUUUUGACUGUGUUGGUGGACCUGCUUUGAGAAGUUAUCUAAUUGUUCUCAUUGUCUUAUUGGCUGCGAUAAUAUGCUCCGUAUCUACGAUUGUAUACGUUAGUAUGCAGGGCACAAUUUCAAACCCUGGGCCCCGGAAGUGCAUGCCCAAGCUGGUGUACGUGCGACUUUCUCUCUACCUACCUGAGAUUGUGUGGGCAGUCUUGGGAGCGAUCUGGGUGUCAGACAAUGGCGUACGAUGUGACAAAGCGCUUGUACACGUUGUGCUCAUUACAGUUAUCGCCAGUUGGGUUAUCAUAUUCUUUACCACCAUAGCCGUUUUUCUUGUUUUUGAUCCACUGGGACGCAAGAAGGCUUUAUAUUAUGCAGACAACGAAUUCCACGACUUGGAAAGCAGCCAGUCCCAGCAACUACUCUACAACGUCAAGAAAACGGCAAACAGAGUGUGGGAGAACCGCAUCCGACUGCUCUGCUGUUGUGUAGGGAAUGACAAUGAUAACAGAGUGGCUUUCUCCAGCAUUGCCGAGCUGUUUAGCACCUAUUUCUCCGACACAGACUUGGUUCCGAGUGAUAUCGCAGCUGGGCUCACACUCCUUCACCAAGAACAGGACAAGGUGGAACAAAGCAGGGAUCCUGAUGAAGUACUGUGCAGCCCACCACAAAAUUUAGGGGCAGAGGAACUGGAAAUGGAGUUGGAGAAGGCAGCCCAUUACAUGCAGUUUGCAGCAGCUGCCUAUGGUUGGCCUCUUUACAUAUUCAGCAACCCCCUCUCUGGGCUGUGUAAACUCUGCGGAGAGUGUUGCACGCACAGGACAGCACAAUAUGAUCUUGUUGGGGGUGAUCACUUGAACUUCCAUUUUGCGUCCAUCUUGAAAACCACAGGACUCCAGUACCGGGACUUUAUCCAUAUCAGUUUUCACAAUCGGAUUUAUGAAAUCCCUUUUUUUGUGGCUCUUGACCAUAAAACUGAAGCCAUCCUAGUGUCUGUAAGAGGAACAUUGUCUCUUGAGGAUGUUCUGACUGAUCUCUCGGCAGAAUGUGAGGAUCUUCACAUUGAUGGGGUGCAGGGAGAUUGCUAUUCUCACAAGGGUAUAACACAAGCUGCUCGUUACAUUUACGAAAGACUUAUUAAUGAUGGCAUUUUGAACCAGGCCUUCACCAUCGCUCCUGAGUACAAGCUUGUUGUAGUUGGGCAUAGCCUAGGAGCUGGUGCUGCCUCUAUGUUGGCAAUUAUGCUUCGGAAUUCCUUUCCCACUUUGAAGUGUUAUGCUUUUUCACCACCAGGGGGACUACUGAGCAAAGGCCUUGCUGACUAUUCAAAGAAUUUCAUCAUAUCAAUAAUACUUGGAAAGGAUCUUGUACCAAGAUUGAGCAUGCCCAACAUGGAAGACUUAAAGACUAGGAUUCUAAGGAUGGUCGUAAAUUGCAAUCGUCCCAAGUAUCAGAUCUUGCUGCGGGGAUGUUGGUAUGAAAUUUUUGGCGGGAAUCCUGAUAACUUCCCUACAGAACUUGAUGGCCGAAACCAAGAGACUUUGUCACAACCGCUGUUGGCCGAGCAAGCAUUAUUGGUUCACAGGUCUUCUUCCUACAGUACUCUGAACGAGGCAUCAACUCUAGACUCUCCAAGACAUCCUCCUCUGUAUCUUCCAGGAAAGAUCAUACACAUCGUAACAGACAGCAGAUCUGGGUGGUUGUGCUUUUCGGAUGUCAAAUACAGUGCCAGGUGGUCCAAGGAAAUUUCGUUUGGCAGUAUCUAUAUAAGCCCUAGGAUGCUUACAGAUCAUAUGCCAGACAUUGUACUGAACGCUUUAAGAAGCCUGUGUAACGAGAAAUCCAAUUGCACGCCCUGUCACACACCGCAAGGCUUUUUAACUGCAAACUAAACUUGGCACAUGGCUUGUCCCCCACAUGCACAUUGCCAUGCAUUGUUUAUUCUUUACCUGUGAUGGUCUUAAAUGGAGGACUGGAGAGAGACUUUUGUGGGUGUGAUGUUCCCACAACCAGUUCUAGCAUGGCAGUUGUUUCAUGCUGCAAAAAGACACUGUGAUCUCUCUGAAGGCAUCACAUUUCAUUUAAGCACUUGCUCAACAGUUGUUUUGAGUGACUUACGAAAGCCAUAUGGGUAUUGAAAAAUUUGUCGCUGCAAGGAGAGAAACAUAGCCUUACUAAACAUGCUCAUAUUAGAAGAUUUUGGAUAAAUGUUAAGUUGUUGAUUUGCACUUUCACAGGCACGAAAAGACUGACCACAAGUAUUUUUUGAUGCCUUACAGAGGAAACCUUUUUAUUUGGGGGAAUUAUUCACUAAACAGCUAGUUAUAAAUGAUAACUACGUGGUUUAAUGAGUAAAUGUCCAAACCUGUUGGGGUAAGGACACAAUUUCUUUGGAACAGGGCCUGUAGUAUAGUCAGGUUGUUGCCACAGUAAGGACAAAGCUUACCGGCAAGCGUAUGAUCACAGGGAAAAGGUAGCAGGUCUCCUUUAAAUCCAGAACUGACGUGCAGCAUUAUUCUGAGGUAUUGAAUAAACCUUUUGUUAGUUAUGGUAUCAAGCAGGAUUUCUUAUCUGUUCCAGAUUCCAGACUGCUGUGAACUCUAUGUACAGUGUAUAAUCGGUGGCUGGAAAAUUAGUCAUGCAGGUCCUAGCGAGACCAGAUUAGAAGGUUCCGUCAUGUGUGUGUCAUUAAUUUGUCUGUUUGUUUAAAUUCACUGAUAUUGGGUACUUUGACCCAGGCUGGAGUUUACCUAAAAGAACAAGCAAACUCAAAAUCACAUUGAUCUUAGAAAUGUGUUUGUUACGAGACCUACCUUUCCACAUUUAACUGCCCACUUACAUGCUGCUUUUAUUUGAAAUUAACCCAUAGCAUGUAUCUCUUUAUUUGGUUGGCCUUUUUUUUCCUGGUAUAUAUUUUAUAAAUGUAUGCGUACAUUAUUUUGCUUUAUUUAAGCCUUGUGGUAACUGCAUAUUAUGUUGUUUAUUUUCCUUGACUCGCUAAGCUUUCAAAUACAAGUUUUUCUGGUUUUAAAAGGCGUCCCUCUGAAAACCCCUGUACACUCGAAUAAGGAGUAUAUGCCUACAGGUGUUUUAAACGCCUUUGAGUUUUCUAUUGGGUGUAACACAAUCUGCGUGCAGUGCUGAUGUCAUCGGGUUCGGUUUUUUGUUUUGAUUUUUUUUUUGCAAACACAUUUAAGAUAAGGUACAUAUAUAACAUGACCAGUCAAAGGGAAUCCAAAAUACCUCCACGAAUUAGUUUUUCUUCAUUUUGCCGUUUAUUUGGGGGGGGAUUUGUUUUUCCUCCUCGAUUGCGGCGCCAGAUCUUUUUCCAAGAUGCGCCCAUAUUCACUAUGCUGGUAGUGAUGUAUAGCCCUGCCUUUGUGUGCCCUUUUUUUCCCUCCUUGCGAUGAUAGCACUAUUCGUUGUUAUGGAAACAACGCAAAUGGCUGGCACCCAAAUUGCGAGAUUAAAUACGAGGGACACAAUGGGCAGGUGAGUAUUGCGAGAAAAUCAGACCUGACAAAGGAAGUGGAGCUUGCCUUAAUUUCCACUCUUUGUCACAAUCUGUCAAACAGAUGAAAAAUGCAUGAGACAAAAUAGUCCCUACUCCGUGUUAUAUAUAUUGCACCAGAAAAGGAUCAGAAAGGAAGAAAAGAACAGAUUAAGAGAGAGGAAGAGAAGAGGAAAUGAUUUGAGAAAAGUAUGCUGUGGGUGGCAGAGCUGCUUUAAAAUGUAACACAGAGGUUUGUUAAAAGAUAACCCCCCUCCAAUUUCUAGGGCAAUUUAUAGAUAAUGGAUUAAAAGAUAGUAAAAUUAAAAAAGAAAAUAUACUCGCCUUCAAGGAUUCUGAAGCUUCAUAGGCAGACCCACACACUCAGGAUGAGACUCCAGUAAGCAGGAGCCCCUCAUUCUGGUCUUUGUAAUCUGAUCCUAUAAGCAUCAGUCCAUCAGGAAUUUAUGGUAUAAGUAGUUUAUCCAAAUAUAGCAAUUCCAUGGAUGAGUGUAACUGCUCUGCAACCUGAUUGUAGCCAUGUGCAACUGCUAUGCGUUUUACAUAGAGCUCGGCUCACACCUUUUGUAAACUGGGCUUUGUGCUGCAACGUGCAGAGCCCGGAGGAGGCAGAUAUACUUUCUACUAGCGCAAGUUGCGUCUGUAUUCUGCAUGAACAGAAUUGAUACAUCAAUGGGAGCAAUAUAUACUUCCUGUUUGCUGUGUCCGAUCCAGGAGGACUAGCAGCUGCAUUUUUUACAAAUACAUUUUAAACCAUUUUCACAUUUUCAGCCUCUAAAAAAAUGAAAAGUUCUUAUGAUACAUAGAAUGAACCUUGAAUAUUUUUUCCCCCUUGAGCUGUUGAGCGUACAGUAAGUACAUUGACAGUGUUGCAUGUUAUCUAACAGUGCUUGCAUUGUAUUCUAUUCUUCUUUUAAAGGGACACUUUGUGUUGGAUUUUCUCACACUAUUAUUUAAUGUAGUAUAAUGCUUUUUCAUUGAGAGGGUUAUUGCAUUGUGUUUAACCCCUUAAGGACCAAACAUCUGGAAUAAAAGGGAAUCAUGACGUGUCAGACAUGACAUGCGUCCUUAAGGGGUUAAACAAAGAAAUGUAUAUCUUGUUGCUUACAAAAAUGUCACUCCUGGGAGAACUACUGGACCCUUAUCCUCUUCAAUUUACCUACACCUUGGCCAGGAAUAGAGAAAGGUUCAGUCAAGGUCCAGUCUCCAUUCCUUCCUGUUAUGAACUUUCAGCUUGAUUACUUGGGCCUUAAAUUAGAAAUUCGCUUCAGUGAAUAACUCUGCUUGUAUGAGUGCACUGCGGUGCUCUUAUUGUAGCUUCUUAAAGAAAAAAUAAAUGAUCCCUUACUCCACGAGUAGAAUUCUAGAAUUCAGACACACUGGAACUUGUAUUGUGUCGCUGUGUUAAUCAUAGUUAAUCCUACUAAUGUUCUCACUUCUAUUUUUCACUUUCUCUCUCACUUCCCUCAUCAUUAAAAUCUCUCUAUCAUUUUACCUACCUGUUCCUGCUAACACCAUCUUCAUUGCUCCCUCUCUGCUCCCCUCAUCUCUGUAUUCAGCACAUGCACUUUACUCAUAUUUAUCCAGUCUUUCUCCACACACCCCUCCUAAAUAACUUAAAUACAAGCUCUCAUCCCCAACAUUUAAAUCUUACUCGCACCUUCUCUUCCUUUCCAUCCUACUACUCCUAGCAGCAGGUGAUGUCUCUCCAAACCCUGGUCCCUCCACUACUCAGCCACCUGGUACAAACACCAGAAACCACAACAACCUAAUACCCAUUCCAUGUAAUUCUCACUAUAAUUCCUCUUUUAAAGCUGCCCUAUGGAAUGCACGCUCUGUGUGUAGCACCUUUAAAUCUACUUCCAUCCAUGACCUAUUUAUCUCACACUCCCUAAACCUACUUGCACUAACAGAAACGUGGCUCUCUCCCUCAGAUACUGCUACCCCUGCCUCACUGUCCUUUGGUGGUCUUCACUUUACCCACAAUCCAAGACAAGCUGAUAUUAAAGGUGGCGGUGUAGGUUUUCUUCUCUCACCCCACUGCUCCUUUAAAACCCUGCCCACCCCCCCUUCCCUCUCUUUCCCAUCAUUUGAAAUUCAUUCAAUUCGCCUUUUCAAACCCUUCUCUGCUAACAUUGCCGUUAUCUAUCGUCCUCCUGCUUCCCCUCUCCUCUUCCUUGACCACUUUGCUGCCUGGCUACCCUACUUCCUCUCUUCCAACAUUCCAUCCCUAAUUCUUGGAGACUUCAAUAUUCCCAUUAACCCACCUUUAACCCCAGCAGCCUCUAAACUACUUUCAAUUACUUCCUCCCUUGGACUAUUGCAGUGGGCUAAUUCUCCCACUCAUGUAGCUGGCAAUACCCUUGACCUUAUUUUCUCUUAUUCAUGUACAUUAUCUAAUAUCUGCAACACCCCAUUUCCUCUCUCUGAUCACCACCUCUUAUCGUUUGCUCUCAAUUACCCCCUCACCCAACAACCUCAGCCUAACCCCCCUCAGCUCAGGAGGAACCUUAACGCUAUUGACCUCCAGCAGCUGUCAGCUGAUAUUGAUUCACAACUGCUAUCCAUCCCUUCCCUCUUCUGUCCCUCACUGGCCAUCUCCACAUAUAACACUACCCUCACAUCUGCCUUGAACGCUGCAGCCUCACUCAAAACAUGCACCUCGAGGAGGACACAACCCCAACCUUGGCAUAAUAAAUCAACACGCUAUCUGCAGAGUUGCUCCCAUUGUGCUGAACGCUCCUGGAGGAAGUCUCGCACCCAGGCAGACUUUCUCCAUUAUAGAUUCAUGUUGCUUUCAUACAGCAAUACAGCCCUUGCC